UGUUGUAGACUUGUAGUAGUUGUUGUUAGCUCUUGCUUUUGGAAAGAAAAGAAAGAAGUACAAAGCAGCAGAACAGAGUGUGUCUGUCUCCAUCUGUAUCCACUUUGGAACCAUCUCUUCUUUUUUUCACUCACCACACCCAUCUUCCGCUUUUCUCACACUUCAACUUUAUUUGCCUCUGAUCGCCAAAGGGCAUGUUUCAAUUCUCAGAAUUACCCUCAUUCUUAUCAAAGUUCAUGCCUUUGUCUUGCUCUAUUGUUUCAAUUUUCAGCUUUGGAGGCUUGUGUGUCUGAAGGCAUUGGAAAAAGGUGCUGAAAAUUGAAAGCUGAUUCUUUUGAAGAAAUGGGUUGGUCUAAUUCGGAGUUGAAUUCGCAAAUUUUAAUCUUGUCUAUGCUGAUUUUCACUGCAAGUUUCUGUGUUGGGGACACUGACCCACUUGAUGUUGCGGCAAUCAAUAGUUUGUACGUGGCUCUUGGCUCACCACUCCUUGAGGGAUGGAAAGCCACAGGAGGAGAUCCUUGUUUGGAGCAAUGGGAAGGUGUGAGUUGUGUCUUCUCCAACAUUACUGCAUUACGGCUGGGAGGCAUGGAUUUAAGUGGAAAGCUGGGAACUAAUUUGGAUUUCCCAUCCAUCAUAGAAAUGGAUCUUAGCAACAACCAGAUUGGAGGGACCAUUCCAUUCACUUUGCCCCCUACUUUGAGGAACUUGUCACUAUCAUCAAAUCAGUUAAAUGGAAGCAUUCCAGAUGCCUUAUCCUUGUUAACUCAAUUGUCAGACUUGUCAUUAAAAGAUAACCAUCUGAAUGGACAAAUCCCAAAUGCAUUUCUAGAACUCACUGGUUUGAUGAAUUUGGAUCUGUCUGGCAACAACUUGAGUGGUAAGCUGCCGCCCUCAAUGGGAAAUUUGUCUUCUCUUAUCACACUAAACUUGCAGAACAAUCAACUUUCUGGGACCCUUUUUGUUUUGCAGGACCUCCCUCUUCAGGAUCUGAACAUAGAGAACAAUAUAUUCUCUGGGCCAAUUCCCCCAGAGUUGUUGAGUAUCCCUAAUUUCAGAAAAGAUGGAAAUCCAUUUAAUACUACUAUCAUUCCAUCACCUCCAGCUGCUUUCCCAGCACCUGCUGCUAUGGCUCCUUCCCCAGAAAAAUCACCUUGGAAAAUGGCACAUAAUCCCUCUGAUACCAUAAAAGCACCAAUACCUGCAAUUGCUGGGAGAUCUUUCAAAACUACAAAAUUAGUUUGGAUUGUUGGUGCAGGCUUUUUGAUAUUUAUUGCAUUAGGAGUCUGUCUUCUAAUGCUGUGGUGCUUUAAGAGAAGACAGGAAAACAAGAAAUAUAAGAAACACAACACGAAUAUGUAUACAAGAUCUUUGCAUAAACGUACAUGCAGUAACUCCCCUUUUGAAGCAACUAAUGAUGAGGAGAAAGAAUGCAAUAACAUUUAUGAAUUAAACAAUACAGAAUGGAGUUCCAAACUUCCACCCCUGCAGCCAGCACCACCACAUCAUAUCCCAAUCAUUCCUGGAGAGAAUUUAAUAAUCAAUCCAGCUAUAUCUACCCAAGCAGCUGAAAGACAAAUUGUCACAAAUUCCAUUAAAGUUUAUACUGUUGCAUCACUUCAGCAGUACACAAAUAGUUUUUCCCAAGAAAAUUAUAUUGGGGAAGGCAUGCUUGGCCCUGUUUACAGGGCUGAACUCCCUGAUGGAAAGUUACUGGCAGUUAGGAAGAUGAAUACUACUGCUUCUAUGGGGCAAAAUCAUGAACAGUUUCUUCAAUUAGUUUUCAGUAUCUCCAAAAUUCAACAUGCUAAUAUUGUUAAGCUUAUGGGCUACUGUGCUGAGUAUAGUCAACGACUACUUGUACAUGAGUAUUGCAAUAAUGGUACCCUACAUGAAGCAUUGCAUACAGAUGAUAAACUUCAGAUUAAACUUUCAUGGGAUGAUCGCAUUCAGGUGUCACUUGGAGCUGCAAGAGCUUUGGAGUACUUGCAUGAGCACUGUCAACCACCUAUUGUGCACCGAAACUUUAGGUCUGCUAAUAUACUCCUCAAUGACAAAUUGGAAGUGCUUGUCUCUGAUUGUGGAUUAGGUUCUUUACUAUCUUCAGGCUCUGCUAGUCAGUUGUUGGGACGCCACCUCACAGCUAAUGGUUACAGUGCUCCAGAAUUUGAGUAUGGAAGUUAUACAUUGCAAAGUGAUGUCUUUAGCUUUGGAGUUGUAAUGCUAGAACUCCUCACUGGACGAAAAUCCUUUGACAGCUCACGGCCUCGUGUAGAGCAAUUUUUGAUGAGAUGGGCAAUCCCUCAACUCCAUGACAUAGAUGCAUUGUCAAAAAUGGUUGACCCCUCCUUGAAUGGAGAAUAUCCUAAGAAAUCCUUGUCGCGUUUUGCAGACAUUAUUUCUUCAUGUAUUCAGAAUGAACCUGAAUUUCGACCAGCAAUGUCAGAAAUUGUUCAGGAUCUUUUGCGAAUGAUGUAGAGGGCCGUGUAGCUGUUAAUGGGGUGAUGAACAGCCUCAGCCAGUAAAAGAAGCUAUGGUUACCAAAUUUUCUGGAUGUUACAUUUUCAUUCUUUUAUUUUUUCAGUGACAUCAAUCUUCCAUUAUGUGUGAUUAUGCUUAUUAAUGUGAUUUUAUUGAGUUUGUAUAGUGUUAUGUACACAGACACAAACACAACGCAGAUGAUUCAGCGGGAUGCUGACAUAUGAAUAAUGGCGAUCCAGAAAAUUUAUUUAGUGGAGAGAAAAAAUAAUUCAUGAUA